AAUAAGGUGGCCUUGCUAGAGUUUGGAACAGGGCCUCAGACUUUUUAGAGCAGUAAUACUACUACUUUUCCAUCCCUUGGGCCCAUGAAAGAGAAUACACAGAUCAGUUUAGAUUGGCCAAAAUGGAAAGGGCUGGAUUCUGCUCUCUUCCACGAAGAGUUAAUGGGACUGGCUAAGAUCAAAGUCUGAGGAUUUUUCCAUCCUUAAUCAGUCCCUUUUUGCUUUCUUUUACGACCACAUGAAACUUGAGAAGCCACCUAAAGCUAUAUCACUUAGUGGAGUUGGGCAGUUCCCAGGUGUCCAACAAGAAGGCCUGGUUUAGGCUGCGAUGGCCACUGUCAUUCCUGGUGAUUUGUCAGAAGUAAGAGAUACCCAGAAAGCCCCUUCAGGGAAACGUAAGCGUGGUGAAACCAAACCAAGAAAAAACUUCCCUUGCCAACUGUGUGACAAGGCCUUUAACAGUGUUGAGAAAUUAAAGGUUCACUCCUACUCUCACACAGGAGAGAGGCCCUACAAGUGCACACAACAAGACUGCACCAAGGCCUUUGUUUCUAAGUACAAGUUACAAAGGCACAUGGCUACUCACUCUCCUGAGAAAACCCACAAGUGUAAUUAUUGUGAGAAAAUGUUUCACCGGAAAGACCACCUGAAGAAUCACCUCCAUACACAUGACCCCAACAAAGAGACCUUUAAAUGCGAAGAGUGUGGCAAGAGCUACAACACCAAGCUUGGGUUUAAGCGACACUUGGCCUUGCAUGCUGCAACCAGUGGUGACCUUACCUGCAAGGUGUGUUUGCAGACUUUUGAGAGCACGGGUGUGCUCCUGGAGCACCUGAAAUCUCAUGCAGGCAAGUCAUCUGGGGGUGUGAAAGAAAAAAAGCACCAGUGUGAGCACUGUGAGCGCAGGUUCUACACCCGGAAGGAUGUCCGAAGACACAUGGUAGUGCACACGGGAAGAAAGGACUUCCUCUGUCAGUACUGUGCACAGAGAUUUGGACGAAAGGAUCACCUCACUCGACAUAUGAAGAAGAGUCACAAUCAAGAGCUUCUGAAGGUCAAAACUGAACCAGUAGAUUUCCUGGACCCAUUUACCUGUAACAUGUCUGUGCCUAUAAAAGAUGAACUCCUGCCGGUGAUGUCCUUACCUUCCAGUGAACUCUUGUCAAAGCCAUUCACAAACACUUUGCAGUUAAACCUCUAUAACACUCCAUUUCAGUCCAUGCAGAGCUCUGGAUCUGCUCACCAAAUGAUCACAACUUUACCUUUGGGAAUGACAUGCCCCAUAGAUAUGGAUGCUGUUCACCCCUCCCACCAUCUUGCUUUCAAAUGCCCAUUCAGUUCUACCUCAUAUGCAAUUUCUAUUCCUGAAAAAGAACAGCCAUUAAAGGGAGAAAUUGAGAGUUAUCUGAUGGAAUUACAAGGUGGUGCACCCUCCUCAUCCCAGGAUUCUCAAGCAUCAUCAUCUAAGUUAGCGUUAGAUCCUCAGAAUGGGUCCCUAGAUGAUGGUGCAGGUGACCUCUCCCUGUCAAAGAGCUCUAUUUCUAUCAGUGACCCCCUCAACACACCAGCAUUGGAUUUUUCUCAGUUGUUCAAUUUCAUACCAUUAAAUGGUCCUCCCUAUAAUCCUCUUUCAGUGGGGAGCCUUGGGAUGAGCUAUUCCCAAGAUGAAGCACAUUCUUCUGUUUCUCAGCUGCCUACACAAACACAGGAUCUUCAGGAUCCUGCGAACACUGUGGGUCUCAGUUCUCUGCACUCACUCUCCGCGGCUUUUACCAGCAGCCUAAGCACAAGCACCACCCUGCCCCGUUUCCACCAGGCAUUUCAGUAGCAUCUGGGCCAUGGGUUUGAUAGGGAGGUGCAUAUCUAGCCCCACCUUUGAUGACCAUUUUUAUUUUAGUGCCUACUUUAAGACAAACAAAACUUCUGCUUUUGUAUAAUAUCACAUUUCACGAAGCCAGUAAAUAAUAGGAACUAGCAUCUUUGAUAAGCUUUGAAACCAUUCAUGUUUAAUUACAUUUGCUGUUUCUCCUGAUUUUCUGCCAGUUGUCAUAGUCUCAGAGUUUUAUUUCAUAUAAGAGCUCCAUUAUUAUCACUAAAUUCUACAAGUCCUGUGUUCAAACUACUAUUAGACCUUAAAUUUUUCAUUUUUGUCUAAUAGCAAUGGGCAUUGGACAGACAUUUGGCUCAUCUUUUUUGCAAAUAAGCAGUACAAUGUAAAUCUUAUGAAAUAUGUGUGAAUAAUUGAAGUGUUUUACAUUUUUUUACUAGCCACUAAAUGGAUUCAUGAUCAAGUGUUUUAAAUGAAUUAAGAAUCCAGUUUGAGGAGAUUAUAGUGGUUUCUUAAAUAUACCAUCAUUUCAGAUUAAUAUAUUUUGAAGACUGCUAUUGUCUGACUAAAAUAUUGUGAGCAUAUGACAAAAAAAGAGAGACAGAGAGUUUCAGUAUCUGUAUCUAAAAGAAAUCUAGAGAGGUCGCAGGGUGUUCUGUGUUAGCACUGGCCCUUAGGCUGUUUUGCCACAUUUCAGCCAUCUUUACAUUAACGGUGUGUGGCAUCAGUCUUUAGGAUCAGUGUAGAAAUGUUCUCUUGUUCUGUUUUAUGUCCUUCACCUUCCGUACCUAGGAUGGCUUCAGUGUACCAGCAUUCUUAUGUUACAUGUUGGUCCAUACUCUGGUCCAGAGUAUCAGAGCCAUUGUGAGACAGUAGUAAGUAUGGGAAACCCAGAGUAGGCUGCUUCAGUCAGCAGAGUGACAGACCCCUCAACAGGAAGAUGGAUGUAAAACAUACAGCCAAACCUCAGAACUUGUCUAGAGAAUUUCCACUGUUGCCAGAACUGAAAACUGGACUCUUUGGGGGCAAAGUAAAAGCCUAUCACGUCACUUCUAAGACAGCAAUCCUGCCCCUGUGUGCUCUUGCUCAGUGUGCAUCUAUCUUUCCCUGCUGUGUUGGGAUGGAAAACUUAAAAUUAAGCACAUUAAAAAGCUAUGUGAGGAGUUUCCACUAGGUUUUAUACAACCCAAAACAGUAAAACCCCACUUUUACAAAUCUUAGGAAAUGGGAGGAAUGUUACAAAUAAGUUGGAUUUGUAGAGGAAACAAAGGAAAACAAAGUAAACACCAAAUAAGUGCGAAAGCACCAAGGAUGCGGUGCUCACUGACAUGGUAGUGAUGGGCUUCCUCUUGCCAACCAGGGGUCUGAUCAAAGGUUCCAUGUAGAUUUUCCUAAGGGUUGUUUGUGUCAUCAACCUGUAAGACAUAUCUGUUAAGCACUUAUUAACACCUUAUUCUGGGACCCCUUCUGUCUGGGCAGGGGCAGGGGGAAAUUUAGAGAAGAGAAUGUAUCUCUUUUAAAAAAAAAAAAAAAAUUCUGAAUUUCUGAGCACUCAUUAGCCUUGUAUGGGGAAACUCAUUCCCUUUGGUAGGGCCAACUAUCACGUCAGAUUGCAUUGUUUAUCAAUAAUUGUAAACAUGAGUAUAGAUUACUGAAUAUGAUGCAUUAUUUAAAAUACCUGGGAGUAGUAUAAAUUGAGAAGUGUAAAAUGUCAUGUGAAUGGGGCUUUCACUAUAUGUUACAUACACAUCUAGCGCACUUCGUAGAAUCAGAGUUACUCGCUGGAGGGCUCUAGCUCCUGGUUUUAACCCUGGAGCAGUAGUUUUUAUACUUAUGUAUUUAAAUUUUAUUAUG